AUCACUUCUCACGUCACAUGGUGUGGAUAGCUGGCUACAGUCUCAGUAUUCUUCUACUGUCUUCUAUAUAAAAGCAUAGAUUUAUAGGCUAUUAGGCUGUAGGCUCUCCCUUGCUUGAGUAGGAGGAUGGCUAUCAUGAAGUAUUUCUUUGUCUUUUUAUUCCUCAAAAUUUCUCUUGGGGAGCUCAGUACCUCCCCUUCUUCCUCUUAUCCAGUUGGUGAUAUUCGUAAUUGUCCAACUGAACAGAUAGUUAUUCCUGGGUCACCUCUACUAAGAAUGGAUGCAAUGCCUGGCCUUGGAUUUGAUAACCUUCGCAACAGGGAGCUGGGUCAGGUGUACAGUAGGAAUUACACCAGCUGUCAAGUCUCCAAUGAUGGCCAAUACCUUCUUCCUGACAAUAUCUAUUUGAUUCCUGUCCUUAACAGUGAAGUUGACUUCUUUGCCAAUGUCUAUGAUCAUUAUGAUGACUGGAAGUCAACCACAAGCUUCUCCAUCAAUGCAGAGCUCAAGAUUCGUUGGGCCAACAUCAAUGGGAAGUUCUCAGCCGAGUAUCAGGACACAAAGACUAAAAUGAUUGAUACUAACUCGAGAGCUGUUAGGAUUGGACUCAGACACCAUCUUUACUCAGUCCAUGUUAAUCCUGAUAGCCAGCUCCAUCCUUCAUUUAAGUCCAGAUUAAUGGAUCUUGCUGCUCACAUACAAAAUAACAAUACUGAAAUGGCUCAUUAUCUCUCUGAUCUGAUAAUAAGGGAUUAUGGGACUCAUGUUGUGACUAGUGUAGAAGCAGGUGGUGCUCUCUAUCAGACAACGUUUGUCUCUCGGGAUUUCAUGAACAACUCUGACUCGUCACAGUUGAAAAUGUCUGCCUCAGCCAGUUUCAGUUUCCUUUCCAUCUUUCAUCUCAGCGUGAGUGCUCAUUACACUCGUACUGAUACUGACAUCAAUGGGUUCACUAAUAACACUCGUCAUCAAAAGACGUCAACUCACGGUGGGCCUCCUUUUAAACUUAGCAACUUCUCUUAUGCUGACUGGGAGAAUGGACUAAAGAACAACCUCAUACCCAUUGAUAAACAUGGCGAUCCUUUAUUCACUGCAAUAACGGCCACUAAUAUACCAGAACUACCUGAUAUGCUAGUAAUGGAGACUGCAGACUAUGUGUACCAGGCAAUCAGUAGAUACUACAAGGUUAAUACACAUGAGGGCUGCACUGAUUUCAUGUCACCAAACUUUAAUUUCCGUGCUAAUGUGAAUGAUAACUCGUGCAAGAAGAAUCGUCAGAAUUACACGUUUGGUGGUAUAUACCAGGAGUGUGUUAACAGGGAGCUGGGCUAUGAUGUCUGUGGGUCUUAUGGAUCAGCUCAAACUAAUCCACUGACUUCUGACUACUCUUGUCCCUCUGGUUAUCAGAAAGUCUUGUUACAUUCUGGAACACUAAGCAAGGUAAUGCCAAUGACAGUUUAUCAUCAUCAUUGUGGCUUUUGGUCCUGCCACACAUCCAGCAGUCAGGUCAAUGUUGUGAGAUAUUCAAAUUAUUAUGCUUACUGGUGCUAUUAUCCACCUGGUGAGACAGUCCCUCCUGACUCUGGCUACAUGUUUGGUGGUGUUUAUUCUGGGAAGCACACUAACGCAGUCACUGGAACUAGCACCUGCCCUCCUUUCUUCUCUCCUCUUCAUUUCGGGCAGGACAUUCAAGUGUGUGUCAGCAGUGAUAUUCAGGGUAUGUCUUAUGCUCUUCCAUUCGGCGGUUUCCACAGUUGCAGCUCUGGGAAUCCUCUUUCUCUCUCUCCUGCCCAGUAUGAAAAGGGUUCCUCAUUCCCUCUACAGUGUCCUGAGCGAUAUAACCAGUUCCUAGUAACUGUUGAUGAAGGCUGCAUUGUCAACUACUGCUCAAAUGUUGACUUUAUUCUCAAGUAUACCUCCCAGCCCCCAAUACUGCCACCUUAUAAGAUCAGGCCACCAAUGACUGUCAAUCAGUCCGAGUCCAUGAUCAUUGUUGGUCCUUAUGGUACAGUGUGGACCAAAGGUGAUGAUGGUACAUGGUCUAAACACAAAGCUGGUGAUAUGAUCAAUGAUAAUGAGUAUAUAUGGACAUACACUUCUGAGCCGCACAAUGUGACUGAUGAUAAUGGAACAGUAAUAGGCUCUACUUAUGAUGGCUCUAUGCGUACUCCCAGUUUUACUGGUGCUGAGGUAGCUGGUUUUGUUAUAGGAUCAGUUUUCUCUACCGCACUGUGUAUUGCAUUUAUUGCUGCUGUUGGUUGUGGUGUUAAAAAGUAUAAGAAGAAGCGUAUAGCCAGGAAGGAGGCAGUGCUCUACUUGGAUAAGUCUGAAACCGGAGAGAAUGAGACAGCUGUCCUGGUCCAGAAAAUACAAGAUUGAAUAUUGAACUAUUAAAUUGUGUGCUUUAUAUUUUCGCUGCUUGUUAUGUGCUUUCACUAUUAGUGGUUGUUUUUGCAUUUAAAAAAAGAUACAAUAUAAUCUAAAAAA